UCUAUGUAGCAGAUUCAAACUGGGAGUCUUCUCAGAGUCAACCUUUGACAUGAACGUUGCAACAAUGGUGGCUGUAACGCUUCACACCGUGUUGCUGACUUUUGCCCUUGUUGAACUAUGUUCAGGUCAUCCACUCCACAGACAAGCAGUUGUUCCCAAGCCUCUUCUUUCGGAAUUACCGUGCACCGUUGGACCGUUAGGCAUGGAGAGUCAGGCCAUACCAGACAGCAGCAUAACUGCAUCAUCAAGCUACAGCUCCGGUUACCUCCCAAGCAAGGCUCGCCCUAAUUCCGGUUCUGCUUGGGCACCAACGACACUAGAAAAUCAGUGGCUUCAGGUGGAUUUGGGGGUCUUCACCGCCAUCGCUGGCGUAAUAGUGAGGGGGCGCCCCAAUGGAAACCAGUAUGUCCAAACUUUCACUGUGCAGUACAGUGCGACCGGUGAAUCGGAUGACUGGGAGAGUUUGGCCGAUACAGAAGGCGAAACCGUUCAGUUCGAAGGAAACAACGGAUCAGGAGCACCAGUUACUGUUGACUUCCCUGUGGCAUUAAUUGGGAGAUUCUUCCGUAUAAUACCGGCCACAUGGGUGGGUCAUUAUUGGUUAAGUUUAGAAAUACGUGGUUGUCAAGAUUUGGACGGCAUGCUUCGCCUACUUGAUGGUGACGGGGUACUCUCCGGUCGAGUAGAAAUCUACCACGAUAAUGUCUGGGGUGCGAUAUGCAACAACGGCUGGGACAUGAAGGAGGCGAGCAUUGUCUGUCAUCAGCUCGGCUUCUUGGAGGCGGAGGCAGCCACUACGGUGUCCUUGGAGGAUGGCGAUGACAUCCCCAUUGUGAUGAACCGUGUUUCGUGUAAAGGGUCGGAGAGGCGCCUAGUUGACUGCCCAUUCCUCUGUACAGGCAACCAUCGCUGUAACGGCUCACAAGUAGCCGGAGUCAAAUGCAAACCAAACAUAAUUCGAUUGGCUGGUGGUUCGAACCGCAGCAGUGGUCGCGUGGAGAUCUACCAGGAUUACACCUGGGGCACUCUGUGUGACACCGACUGGGACGUGACAGAUGCGGAGGUUGUCUGCCGCCAGCUAGGGUUCUCGGGCGCAGAGGAGGCCAAGUCUGGUGCCCACUUUGGUCAGGGAGAGGGUCCCGUCUUCAUGGAUGGUCUGGCGUGUGAUGGGUCGGAGAGUAGGAUCAUUGACUGUCCAUCCUUCUGCUGGGAGGAUCUCAGAUGCAACCAUACCCGCGAUGCAGGCGUGGUCUGCCGCCAAGGGAGCGGUGAAUCUGAAGGAAGAAGCGACAUCCAUCUGCAGUAAAAGGUUCUCUCUUCAACGAUGGAAAGUUUGUCUAAAAAUGGACAGUUCUACAUUGCACUUGUUUUGUUUUACCCAGUUAUCUAAUGCACGCGUAAAAAAUCUUCAAUUUCCAUGUUACGAUAAAUAGCUUAACGAAUAAAGGAAAAAAUGACUGGGUUGAAUUCUAUAAAAGGUUGGGUCUAACGGCUUUAAGAAUUACCCAGCCAGAAAAUGAGAUCAAAAACAAUUAACCCUCACACUGUUUGGUCCAACAGAUGUUUACUAAACUAGUUAGUUCUCAUUGACUGACAAACUGGUGGCGUAAAUUAGCACCAGACAUUGGGGGGAUGGAGGGAAGGACGGGAUGACUAGCCCGGCCAUGAAAUUUAAAAAGCAGGUUGGGGGAAGAAACCAUGUAGAUGGGUUUCACAUUAGCGCCGUCUGCGCAUAUCCGCAUCGAAACCGAGGCUCUCUGUGUUGAACUUCCUCGCACGCGCCCGUGGAGUCGACAUACUGCAUACAGUACCCGGUUUGCAAAUGCGAUACUACUUCAGUUUAAACCACGCCCACUGUACAAGAUACACGGCCAUCGCAGGUACGUUAGUUCGCGAUCAAUUGC